GCUCUCUCUCCCCUGUGCGGCUGGAGGCAUCUUAUCAAUAUCUCCCCCGAAAGAAACCUCCAGUCCCUCUCUCUCAACGCGACGGCCACCGGACCGGCGACCAUGUCCUCUUCCUUCACCACCACCGCCGUCAGAAGCCCUCUUCUUUGCCCCAUCUCUACCUCCGCUGCUGGACUCCGCAGACGCGCCGUCCGAGCUCAAGCCGGAGGAGUCGAUUCGUCCGACAAGUCCGUCGAGAUCAUGCGCAAGUUCUCAGAGCAGUACGCUCGCCGCUCCAGCACCUUCUUCUGCUCCGACAAGUCCGUCACCGCCGUCGUCAUCAAGGUCACCGCUCUGCCUUUUCCACCCUACUCUCCUUCCUUCUCACCACCAUGCUCUCUACUAGCUGCAGGCUGCAGCUUCAAUUUUCUUUCCUUUUUUCAACAUCGCAUUUAGGGUUUACUUACACAAAAAUUACCCUCUAUAGUUAGUUAACCAGUUGAUCAGAUUUACCAACUAUGGUCUAUCACUUCUUGAUGAUUUUUUUUUCAGGGACUUGCUGACCACAAGGAUCAACUUGGAGCUCCUCUAUGCCCUUGUAGGCAUUAUGACGACAAAGCUGCGGAGGCAGCACAAGGAUUUUGGAAUUGCCCGUGUGUUCCCAUGAGAGAGAGGAAGGAAUGCCAUUGUAUGCUUUUUCUUACUCCCGACAAUGAUUUUGCUGGAGAGGACCAGGCUAUUAGUUUGGACGAGAUCAAAGAGGCGACAUCGAAAUUCUAAUCCAAAGUCCCUUUGUUUUGCUUGAGGGCCUGGUGUUGGAUCUGUAUAUGUAGUAAUCUGUAAGAAAUAAAAUGUGUUAGAAUGCGGCACUUUGGAAUGCUGUGUCCUCUCAAUCUUUUGGCUGGCUAAUCAUUCUGAGAAAAAUUUCUGAUGGAUAUGCAUUGUGACUUGUCAAUGUUGCAUUGAUUGCAUGUUUGGCGGACGCGUACUGCUACAGUUCAGAUCCAAAAUAUCUGAUGCAUAAAGUCAGAUCAUCAGAUGAAUACUACGAGUAAGGGGGAAGCAACAGCAACCUGCCAUGUCCAUGUCCAUGUCCUUGGUGGCCAAGGACUUAAUUUCCAAUAUGUUUUGUAGGCGCUGAUCGAUCGAUCUUGUAUGCUGCAUCUGUCAAGAAAUAUGCUGCACCCACAUAUAUGCAAUUAAUCGAUGUACCGGCAACUCGUGAUUGUUUGUCAGAGCAGAUCAUUUUGAUCGAUUAAAAGGAGUCAUCUAAGAUAUAGUAUAGUGUUCCUCUCGUUAAGAAGAGGCAGCAACAGCAAUUCCUCUCUAGUUACAGGGAACGAAUCACCGGUUGCAAUUCUUGUUCGUGGAACAAUUGAUGAACCCUAGCUGAUUUACCUAUGGUUAAGGACUGAGUGGUUGCAAUUAGAUAGGUAGUAGCCAUCAAGGCCACCCACCAAUCUCAGUCAGUCUAGUUGCUGCUGCUGCUUCUUCUUCUUCUUCUUUCUCCCAUUCCCACGGAUCCAUCCAUUAUAAGUUGUCACUGUCUGAUUAAUUGCUUGAGCAGUACAUAAUUGUAUAGUAAUGAUCCCAGGAAAAUAAGCAUGAGUCCCAUUAUAUAUAUAUAUAUAUCCUGCUCCUGGUCUCCUCCUGCUGCUAGAUUAGUGUUAAGCAUUCAUUCCCUGCAUGGCUCAACACAAACGAGAGGAAAACACAAGUGGCGUGACGCCGAUAGAAGAAGAAGAAGAAGAAGAAGAAGAAGAAGAAGAAGAAGAAGAAGAGGAGCAUCAGCAUGGGGAUUGGCCGCUGCUUCCAGUAUGUGCUUUAGAUCAAGAUGCUGCCUACUCAGCCAAGCCAUUGACAGUUAAGAGCAGCAGCUUGAGAUCAAGAAGAGCCGAUGAGGAGACGUCUGGAUAUGGCAUCCGGUCGCUAUCCUUCUCUAAGUUGUUCAGCUUCAGGAUGGCCUUGGGCUUGGGGGACAUUGAUCAGCUAGCUGCUGCCGACGCUUGUGCAGAGGAGGAGCUACCCAAGCAGGAGCAGCCUGUUUGCCGUUCGCAGUCUCUGCCCAUGACUAGCAUCAGCAGGAGGUUCACCCACAAUUACAAAAGGAAGAGAGUGGCAGACUCAAGCUCCCUGCCUGGCCGGUUCCGGGUGUCGUCGACUGUGCCAGUGCUGGAAUCGUCACCGUCAGAAGGAGAAGGGGCCGGCGAGGAGGAGGUCGGUGAAGAAGAGACGGUCUGCAGAAUCUGCUUUGUGGCGCUGUGUGAGGGGAGCGUGCUCAAGCUGGAGUGCCAUUGCAAGGGCGAGCUCGCCCUGGCGCACCGAGACUGCGCCCUCAAGUGGUUCGGCAUCAAGGGCAACGCCAACUGCGAUGUCUGCAGCCACGAUGUGCUCAACCUCCCCGUCACGCUGCGACGCGUCCGCUCUUCAUCCUCUACUGCCAUUCCUGUUUCUAUCCCUGCAGCACAGGCAGCAGAAGAAGCAGCAAUAAUAGGGCCAGCAGAAAGAGGUGGAUUCAGAGGAGUUUGGCAGCAUGGCACCACUCCCAUCCUUGUCAUCGUCAGCAUGCUCGCGUACUUCUGCUUCCUGGAGCAGCUGCUGGUGGGCGACCAUGGCACCGCUGCUCUCGCCAUCUCCUUGCCCUUCGCUGGCGUCCUUGGCCUCUUCUCCUCCCUCACCACCACCAAGAUGGUUUCCAGGAGAUACCUCUGGAUUUACUCCGCGCUCCAGUUCCUCUUCAUCGUGCUCUUCACUCACCUCUUUUACAGAUAUGUGCGGCUGCAAGCUGUCAUAGCCAUCAUCCUCGCCACCUUUGCUGGAUUCGGCGUCGCCAUCUGCUCCAACGCCAUCAUCAUCCAGAUCAUCAGAUGGAAGCAGGCCAGGCACCUGCCACCAUCAGAUUCAGACCUCCCGACCGCUCAGCCAUAGCUAAAUAUAUUCUGCUACACUCUUUACUCCACUCCAGCUUGCUUUAUUUUCUACUCUCUGCUUUCUUAUGGGCGGCCCUUGUUUUCCCAGAUUUUGUGUAUGAAUAUACUUAGAAAGAACAAAAACAAAAAAGAUGUAAGCAAAGGAUUUCUCGCUUUUAUUUGAUUCUAAUAUUCUGUGUUCUGGA